CAUCGAAGGAAGGUUGAGAAGAGCAGGCAACAAAGAAAUCAAAGUGUCUACAGCUUGAAAGUAACUUCAAGGCACCAUGAAGACUCUGACUCUCCUCUCCAUCUGUGCUCUUCUGUCAGUGUGCUGGUCCAUGGGAGGUGUUGAACCAGAGGUUGUCGUGGACCCUGCUGACGACACAGCUGAUGAAGCUGCACCUGCUGAUGAAGCUGCUGACCCCACGGCUGCUGCUGCUGCUUCAGACUCUUCCUCUUCCUCCGAGUCUGAUUCUUCCUCUGCAUCUGACUCCAACUCUUCCUCAGACUCUUCAGCAUCUGAUUCCAAUUCUAACUCGGACUCGUCCUCGUCCUCCUCCUCUGAAUCUUCUGAAUCAUCUUCAUCUGAGUCCUCUGAGUCUGACUCCUUAGCAUCGGACUCUUCUUCUUCUUCUUCUUCUUCUUCCUCCUCAUCUUCCUCAGAGUCAGCCAGCACUGAGGCGCCUGAGGUGGUUAUGACGAGGGACCUGGCUGCUGUUCUCUUGAGAAGAAGAAGAGCCGCCCCAGCAGGAGACCUCUCCCUUCUGCAGCUGGAGAGUCUGAAGGAGGUGUGUGAGCUGCACGACGGCUGUGACGAGAUGGCUGAAACUGCAGGCAUCGUCGCCGCAUACAUCGCCUACUACGGACCCGUCCCUUUCUAAGAAAAAUAUUCCUCAUUAUUCACAUAAGAACUGUUUUCUCUGUCAUUUUGUAAUAUAAUGAUGCAACUUCCCUGAACCAGGACUAGCCAAUCAAAGAAAAAAAGUAUGUAAUGAUGCUCAACAGAGAUUUUUUAAAGCAUAAAUCCUUGCACAUGUGACCAGCUUUAUUGGUCCAGUAUGAUUAGGCUUCUUCCAGGCUUCAGAGAGGCACAUGGAGACUAAGCCUGUGAAGUAACCCUCACAAGAGAACUUAUUAUUCAUGUCUGGUGUAUAACGCAACAAAUGGUGCUUCCAAUGCAGAUGUAUUGUAUGUUAAUGUAUUGAAGUUGUUUUGUCAUGCUUUAGUCAUAUUUCUACUAGAAGCAGUAGUUUUGUAAGUAGUAGACGUAGUAAUGAGGUACUGUAGUUCAGGUAGUAGUGUAUUGAUAGUGGUAGUGUACAGUGUGUGUAAAAUGCACAUCAGUUAUCUGUAAUGACUGUAACCAAACAUUGCCUCUGGGUUUCAAAAUAAUAAAUUAUUUUGUUUUGUCGAA